CCCCCGGGAGGAAGAGGCAUGGCCCAACAAGAUGCAGUUCCACUGGCCAGUGCGCAGCCCCUGAUCUUAACACAGCGUGAGCCCUCCCCCUGUACCCUGUGCCCUCUGCCCACCAGGACUCUGAGCACAGAGGAGUGGCUCAGGCAGAGCUUGUGGCCCAAUCCCCAAGGCCUGCCCCCCUCCCACCCCGCCCCCCACCCUGCCGCCUCCCAUCUGCCCUGCGGGCUGCUUAUCGGGUAACCAGAGCUGGGAGCUGCGUCCACGCCUGAAACAGGAAGCCCAGGCCUGUGCGUGAGCCCUGAGAGCCUGCAGGUGCCUGGGCAGGAGGAUGGAGGAGCAGCGGGCGCUCGUGGCCGCCAAGGACGGGGACCUGGCCACCUUGGAGCAGCUGCUGGAGGCUGGCGCCCUGGGCCCAGGCAUCGUGGACGCCCUGGGGGCUGGCCUGGUGCACCACGCCACCCGGGCCGGCCACCUGGCCUGCGUCAAGUUCCUGGUGCAGCGGGCCAAGCUGCCCGGCAACCAGCGGGCCCACAACGGGGCCACCCCGGUGCACGACGCAGCUGCCACCGGCAGCCUGGCUGAGCUGUGCUGGCUGGUGCGUGAAGGGGGCUGCGGUCUGCAGGACCAAGACGCCUCGGGUGUCUCCCCACUACACCUGGCCGCCCGCUUCGCCCACCCGGUGCUGGUGGAGUGGCUGCUCCGAGAGGGCCAUGCAGCCACACUGGAGACACUGGAGGGCGCCCUGCCGCUGCACCACGCUGCUGUCAGUGGGGACCUGACCUGCCUGAAGCUCCUGGCAGCUGCCCACCGCAGCAGCGUGAACCGGCGGACCCGCAGCGGCGCCUCCCCGCUGUACCUGGCCUGCCAGGAGGGCCACCUGCACCUCGCCCAAUUCCUGGUGAAGGACUGCGGCGCCGACGUGCACCUGCGCGCCCUGGACGGCAUGAGUGCGCUGCACGCCGCCGCCGCCCGCGGACACUACUCGCUAGUCGUCUGGCUGGUCACCUUCACUGACAUUGGCCUGACGGCACGGGACAACGAGGGGGCCACAGCCCUCCACUUCGCAGCUCGAGGCGGCCACACACCCAUCCUGGACCGGCUGCUGCUGAUGGGCACCCCCAUCAUGAGAGACUCCUGGGGCGGGACCCCCCUGCAUGACGCCGCAGAGAACGGACAGAUGGAGUGCUGCCAGACCCUGGUCUCCCACCACGUGGAUCCCUCCCUGCGGGACGAAGAUGGCUACACGGCAGCAGACCUGGCGGAGUACCACGGGCACCAGGACUGCGCCCAGUACCUGCGGGAGACGGCCCGGCCGGUGCCGCUCCUGAUGACACCCCCGCCCCCACCAUUCCCCCCUCCUCCACUGUCGGCUGCGAGGCGCUCCCCAGAGGAUGGAAGAGGAGGCUCAGGUCUCAGGAGCCCCACCGCAGCAUCGCUCAGCCCCGCCUGGCCCGGCCAGCCCGACCAGCCUCCUCCGCGGGAGCCGAUGACCCACUCGGUCCCCCUGGGGAUCAGCACCUGCGCCGUGGCCAUCGCUACGGGGGCAGAGACGGCGGCGGCGGGGGAUACCCCCCAGGGCCUGGCCGCACUGCAGCUGGAUGGACUGCCCUCUGGCGACCUCGAUGGGCUGGUGCCCACGCGUGACGAGCGCGGCCGGCCCAUCCCCGAGUGGAAGCGGCAGGUGAUGGUGCGGAAGCUGCAGGCACGCCUGGGCGCCGACCCUGCCCGGGAAGCUCAGGAGGACAGCGGGAGGAGCGCGGGCCCCACAGAGCAGGCGGCCUGGCGGUACUCGCAGACCCACCAGGCCAUCCUGGGCCCCUUCGGGGAGCUGCUGACGGAGGACGACCUGGUGUACCUGGAGAAGCAGAUCGCCGACCUGCAGCUGCGAAGACGCUGCCAGGAGUACGAGAGCCAGCUGGGCCAGCUGGCGGCUGAGCUGCAGGCCCUGCUGCCCGAGCCCCUGGUUAGCAUCACCGUCAACAGCCACUUCCUGCCCCGGGCGCCAGGGCUGGAGGGCGAGGAGGCCCCCUGCCCGGCGCCCGAGCCCUCGGGCCCUGAGGUGGCCGCGGAGGCCGUGCCCGGCGGGCAGCCCCUGCCCUUCUGGUGCAGCCACGUCGCCCGGCUGGUGCGCAGCAUGUCGCUGCUGCUGAAGGGCAUGAACGGGCUGGUGCAGGGGGAGGAGAAGCCGGCCGGGCAGGCCCCACAGGAGGCCGGCAGGGAGGCCCCCGCCGGCCCCCCGCAGAGCGAGGCCCAGCGUGAGAUCCAGGAGUGCGGGGUGUCCGUGCGGACGCUGCGUGGCAACUUCGAGUCGGCCCCCUGCCUUCCCUGCAUCCCAAACCUAGGACCCCCCUGCGAGGCAGGGGUCCAGCCCGGGCAGUGCCCCCGCGGCUGCUGGCCCGCCCCACCGCAGCCCCGGGCCGGCCCGAUGGGAGGGGAGCCCGGGCCGGGCGACACGGAGGAGGCCAGCGACUCCGGCAUCAGCUGUGAGGAGGCCCCGUCGGAGGCGGGCGCCGGGCACGGCCCCGACCUGGCCAACCUGCGGAAGGAGCGCAUCGUCAUGCUGUUCCUCAGCCACUGGAAGAAGUCGGCCUACACGCCCGCGCUCAAGACGGCCGCCUGCCGGACCCUGGAGGCCCGCCGCGCGGGGACCCUGGUGGCCAGGGCCCCCCCGCCGCCCGCCCCCCCGCCCAGCGAGGGCCCCCGGCUGGGCCACCUGUGGCAGCAGCGGACCAUCAUCGCCCACCUGCUGGGCAACUGGAAGGCCAUCCUGGCGCACGUGCCCGCCCGGCAGCUGCGGCGGCUGAGCCGGCGGCCCCAGGGCCUCCUGUCCCCCGAGCAGUUCCUGCCCCACGUGGACGGGGCGCCCGUGCCCUAUGGCAGCCUCACGCUGGACCUCUUCAUGCUGGGCUACUUCCAGCUGCUAGAGUGCGACCUGCCCGCCGAGGAGAGGAAGAUGCGCCACCUGCUCUGCUUCGAGGUCUUCGAGCACCUGGGCGCCCACGGCUGGGAGGCCGCGCGGGCCUUCCACAAGGCCGUGACCGACGAGGUGGCCGCUGGCCGCCGGGCCUGGACCGACGGCUUCGAGGACAUCAAGGCCCGCUUCUUUGGCGCCCACCGCGGUGCCGCCUGGGACGCCGAGCCCGGCCGCACGGCGGGCCUGACCCCGCUCGGGCCCCCGCCCCACACCGCCGGCCCCGGCCCCAGAGGCGGCCCCGAGCCCGCAGCUCAGCCGCUGGGGUCCGGCUCCCCGGGGGGCAGCUUCAACAGCGAGGACAUCUGUGGCUACAUCGACCGCAGCUUCGCCUUCUGGAAGGAGAAAGAGGCUGAGAUGUUCAGCUUCGGAGACUGAGGCGGCGGGCAGCCCCUUCCGGAGGGGCCUUGGGGGUGGUUCUCUCUCCUCUUGUCCUUUUGCAUCCACCUGGUGGCCGGGGGAGCCCCCGGCCAGGCGGGCAGACACUCGGCGUGCUAGUGCCCUCCGGUCCCGCCCUUGACAGAGCUUCCUCCUCAGCUCUGGGCUCAGCCUCAGAAUCCUUCUCACCCCUCAGUCCAAGGAGCCCCUCUCUCAACUCUCCCCCGGCCCUGAAGUUGACAAAGGGCUGUCCCAGCUGCAGGCCCCUCUGCCCGACUGUCCCCUGGCAAUGUGGGUGCCAGCCCGUGCUUUCCGUGGGUCCUCCUCCCGGUGCCUGGGGGUCCUGCCCCUCAGUUUCUCUGGGGCUGGUGGUCCAGACCUGUGUGCCCUGCAGGGGUUCUGCCUCGGUUUCUCCUGCGGGCCCCAGGCCUGUCCCUCCACGGCCCCUGGCCUCUGUUUCCCUAUCUGAGGGAACUGGAGUCUGUGGCAGAGGCCUCCUGUCAGACAGAACUGCCCUCCGAAUCCUCCGGGUCAGGGAGGUGCUUCACACCGGUGCAUCCUGCUCGCCCACUGCCACCGCUGACAGGGGCCCACCCCGGGAUUACAGGGGAUCCGGGUCCCUGUGGGGCUCCUGCCCUCAGUUUGACAGC